AUGUAUGAUAAAUUAUAUAACACUUCACUAUCCUAUAUUCAUAUUUGUUUAUUACACAUCUAUCUAUCUAUCUAUCUAUCUAUCUAUCUAUCUAUCUAUGUUCGCUCUUCUUCAUCAGAUACUCCAUUCACCUUCUUUCUUUUUCAAUUUUGUCUUUUUCUUCCAUUUUUCUUUUUCAUUUUUUUUACUUUUCCUUCCUUUUCUUUUUCUUCCAUUUUGUUUUUCUUGUUCAUUUUUCUUCCGUUUUCUCUUUCUUUCGUUUUUUCUAUUUUUUCCUUUACUUUUCCUUCCUUUUAUUUUCUUCCGUUUUUUCUUACUCUUCCUUUUCCUCCUUUUUUCUUCCAUUUCUUUUCCUCCAUUUUUCUUCCUUUUCUUUUCCACAUUUUUUCUUCUUUUUGUUUUCCUCCUUUUACUUCCUUUUUUCCUCUUUUUCUUCUUUUUCAUUUUCUUCCUUUUUAUUUUCUUUCCUUUUUUCUUUUAUCUCCUUUUCUAUUGAUUGAUUUUUUUUCUUUUUCUUUCUCUUUCGUUUUUCUUUUUCUUACUUUUCUUUUUUUUUUCUCCUUCUUUUACUUUUUCUUCCUUUUUACUAUUCCUUCUUUCCUUUUUCUUUCUUUUUUUAGCUUUCCUCAUUUUUACAUCUUUUUUCGUCCUUUUCCUUUUUCUUCAACUUUUUCUUUUUUUCUAUUUCUUACUUUUUCUUUUACUUUCUUUACUUUUUCUUCUACUGUUUCUUUUUCCUUUUCAUUCGUUCUUCUCUUAUCUUUUUUGGUCUUUGGUCCGCUUUUUAAUGCUCUUUUUCUUCUACGGUAUUUCUUUUCGCUUCAUUUGUUUCUUCUUGUCAAGCACUUAUUAUUAUUCGCUUCUACAUCGUGA